AUGAACCAAAAGUGUAUUGGUGUGUUGGCCUUGCAAGGUGCAUUUAUAGAACAUGUCCAUCAUUUGGAGCGUUGUGUUGACAAGUAUGGUUUACAAUUUUAUAAUGGUGUAACUAUUAAAAUAAUUACUGUUAGAACCAAAGAGGAAUUAUGGCAAUGUGAUGGCCUAGUAAUUCCUGGUGGUGAAUCAACAGCGAUGUCUUUGAUCGCUCAGAGAACCGGGUUCUAUGACGAUCUAUACAAAUUUGUUCAUAAUUCACAAAAUUCUAUUUGGGGUACUUGUGCUGGAUUGAUCUUUAUAUCAGAGAUUUUAAGUAAUGAAAAAGAUUUAGUGAAAACAUUACAAUUGUUACAUGUUAAAGUUAAGAGAAAUGCAUUUGGAAGACAAGCUCAAUCCUUUACACAAGAGUGUGACUUCUCGAGCUUUAUCGACGGGUGUGUUGACUUCCCAGCCACUUUUAUUAGGGCUCCUGUUAUUGAGGAGAUCUUAGAUAAUGACACAGUGGAGAUAUUAUUUCGUUUGAAUAAACCCGAUAGUCCUCAGGAUGGUUUGAUUGUUGCCGUGAAACAGAAUGAUAACGUCUUAGCGACUUCAUUCCACCCAGAGCUAGCAGAAGAUGAUCUAAGAUUCCAUGAUUAUUUUAUUAGACAUUUCAUACUGAAGAUAUAG